AUGGCUGACAUCGCCAAUUUGAGACCAGCUACUCGCCCGAGUAUCGUGGACUAUGUCUCUCUUCGCAAUAUCAAUCUGCAUUUCCCAGCAGCGCCUGAUCCAUGGCAUCGCCCUGGCAAAUCCCAGCCAUGUACCGCCGCUGUGAAGCUCUCAUAUUCAUCCGCUGUUGCUGCUGCCAAUGCGGACGAUGUCUCACUUUCUCUAGACUACGGCAAGCUUUACCGCCGCAUCGAGACCGCGGUUCGUGAUUCUGUAAAACCGCAAGAUGGUGGUCGCUUGUCUCAAGCAGCAGAGGUCACUCUCAGUAAUGAUGUGCGGGUCAUUGCUGGCUUGAUCGCAAGUUGUGGUCUGGGCUUGCUAGACGAGACUAUCGCCGGAGUGCGAAGAAUGGAUCAUAUCCAAGCUUACCCGGAAUCUCCAAGCCGGAGACGCGCAAGUCAGGCUAGUCGGCGAUUAAGUGGUGUCUCCGCUUCAGUGCCCAAAAACUUCCAAAGUGCUACAUCUCCAGAAGUUCUGAAUGAUAUGUUUGGCGAAUGCGAAGUUUUGCUACACUUGCCUAAUGCUCAUUUGCGCGCAGAGGGAGGGUUGUCUUUCCGUACUGUGCAAACCUGGGUAUAUGCUGAUGAUAGUGCUUCGUUGGAAAACGUCGUGGAAAGCAGCAGGCAGGUUGCAAUCGUGGAACAAGAGUUCCGUGUCGAGGGUAUUCGCUGUCAUUGCAUCCUUGGUGUCAACUCCCAUGAAAGGAUUGAGAAGCAGGCUGUGAUCAUCACGCUAGAUUUUAGGGGAUCUGGAGAGGUUGCAUGGGCUUCAACAUUUUUGAAUACAUAUCAAGAGAUGGUCCGAACCAUAGCCGAGAGAGUGGAAAACACGUCCUACCAAACGGUGGAAGCCCUUGCUACUUUCAUCGCUCGCACAGCUACGAUGGACUUUGGCAAUGAUUCCGUCACCGUCUUGGUGGAGAAGCCGAGUGCUCUGGCAUUUGUGGAGAGAGCGGGGGUGCAAGUCACCAGGUCGAAAGCCUUUUUUGCAGAGCAGGACUUUUUAAAAGCUCGGGGAGGGCUGUAG